GACUCUGGGACACCGGGAGGCAGCAGCUGUGACAGUUCUCGAGACUGCUGUUGUGGCUGCUGCAAACCGGUCUCUCUUCCCUGCAGGGUGUGCGGGGAUGGAGAAAGGGGGAGGAGAGAAAAGGGGAAGAGCUUGGGCAGCGGCCGCCAGCGGGCGGAGCCUCCGGUGCCCAGCAGCGCAGUCUGGUCUUUCUCCUUCUCCCACAUACUCACACGCGCACUGCACCCGGAGUCGGGGCCGGAGCAGGAGUCAGAGCCUCGGGAUCCGGGGCGACGCCGGUUGCUUAGUGCUUCCUUUAACCCUCUGCACCAGAAGAAGGGAGGGUGAGGUGGAGAAGGAGAGAUAGAGGAAAGGACUACAUUACAAAAGAUUUGGUUUCCUUAGGAAGAGACGGUGCAUGGUAUUUUGCUGCUCAGCUCCAGAAUCAGGCAAUUGGUGGCUCCCUUGGCUCCAGAGACCAGAAGGAAAGGGAAGGAAAGAGAACCGGAGACGCGCUCACACUCACACAGACACACGCACACGCACAGUCCUGGGCGACAGUCGAUAGUCUUGAGGGAGUUUGGACCGAGAACUAAAAAGCUCCAGCUCUCCACCCCCAGCUCUGGUCCCAGUUGCUCUGCGCCUCCGGCCGACGUUGCCAUCCACCUCCCACCUCUUCUUGUCCUCCCCCAACCUCAGCUAGCCGCCGGCCCGUCAGCCUCUCUACCGGCUUCCUUUCACCAACCUAGCUGCCUCUCAGUCGAAGAGCCUCUGCCGCCGCCGCAGCAACAUCCCAGGAACUAGCAGACUGUGGCGCAACUGGUCUGGGGAGCGGAGGCGCUGAGAUCCUGCCCCAGGGAGCUGGAAGGGGAAAAGAGUAAAUAACUGCACUAAUGAUUAGGCUACCUGCUACUACCAGCUCCAGAUGACUUGACAUAUACUCCUCAAAGAUGUCUGCCACUGAAAAUGGAGAUGCGAUAUCAGGAAAACAAAGUGAGGAAAAAACCUAUAAGAAGACAGCAUCAUCUGCUAUUAAGGGUGCUAUUCAGCUGGGAAUAGGAUACACAGUGGGUAAUCUCACUUCCAAGCCAGACAGAGAUGUCCUUAUGCAAGACUUUUAUGUAGUGGAAAGUGUGUUUCUACCCAGCGAAGGGAGCAAUCUGACCCCAGCUCAUCACUACCCAGACUUCAGAUUUAAGACAUAUGCUCCAAUAGCAUUUCGAUAUUUCAGAGAACUUUUUGGUAUCAAGCCUGAUGAUUACUUGUAUUCCAUCUGCAGUGAGCCUUUAAUAGAAUUAUCCAACCCUGGGGCCAGUGGAUCCUUGUUUUUUGUAACUAGUGACGAUGAGUUUAUCAUCAAAACAGUUCAACACAAAGAAGCUGAAUUCCUUCAGAAGUUGCUGCCAGGUUACUACAUGAAUUUAAACCAGAAUCCUAGGACUCUUUUACCAAAGUUUUAUGGACUUUACUGUGUGCAGUCAGGGGGCAUUAACAUCAGAAUUGUAGUAAUGAACAACAUUUUGCCUCGCUCAAUGAAAAUGCAUUUUACAUAUGACUUGAAAGGUUCCACCUACAAACGACGAGCAUCCAGAAAAGAGAGAGAAAAAUCAAAUCCUACAUUCAAGGAUUUGGAUUUCUUGCAAGACAUGCAUGAAGGAUUAUAUUUUGAUACAGAAACAUACAACGCAUUGAUGAAGACACUCCAGCGAGACUGUCGGGUGUUGGAAAGUUUCAAAAUAAUGGACUAUAGUCUUUUGCUGGGAAUCCAUAUAUUGGACCAUUCACUAAAAGAAAAGGAAGGAGAGAGUUCACAGAAUGUACCUGAUGCUAAGCGGCCUGGCAUACAGAAAGUCCUCUACUCAACGGCAAUGGAAUCUAUCCAGGGCCCAGGGAAAUCUGGAGAUUGUGUGAUCACCGAGAGUACUAACACAAUGGGAGGCAUUCCAGCUAAAAGCCACAAAGGAGAAAAGCUGCUUUUAUUUAUGGGCAUUAUUGAUAUUCUGCAAUCUUAUAGGUUAAUGAAGAAGUUAGAACAUUCCUGGAAAGCACUUGUUUAUGAUGGGGACACCGUUUCAGUUCAUAGACCAAGUUUUUAUGCAGAUAGGUUUUUAAAGUUCAUGAAUUCCAGAGUUUUCAAAAAAAUCCAAGCUUUGAAAUCCUCGCCUUCUAAGAGAAGGUGUAAUUCCAUUGCUGCCUUAAAGGCUACAUCCCAGGAAAUCGUCUCUUCUAUGAGCCAAGAAUGGAAGGAUGAAAAGCGUGAUUUGCUUACUGAAGGGCAGAGCUAUAGCAGCCUUGAUGAAGAAGCACUGGGAUCCAGGCACCGACCAGACCUUGUGCCAAGCACUCCAUCUCUGUUUGAAGCGACUUCCUUAGCAACGACAAUUUCUUCUUCUUCUCUCUAUGUCAAUGAGCAAUACCCACAUGAUGGAACUACGCUUUAUUCAAACAGUAAAGGAUUACCUUCAAGUUCCACUUUCACAUUGGAAGACAGUGCCAUCUACUUGACUUCUGAGCAGAGCACACUGGAAACACAGGACGAUAAUGCCUCUGUGUUGGAUGUCUAUUUAGUAAGUUGGGUUUGGUUAUUUUUUUAUCCAGUCUUCUCACUUAAUGGGUCCAGAUCCCCUUUUACACAUGGGCACAUUUCACAAAAUUAGACACCCUUGAUUUUUUGUUGUUAUAGUUUUAAAUAAACAUAAUGAUAAACCAAGACUGGCCUUAAACAAAUGAAACCAUUUUGAGUCCAAGUUUAGUCUUCAAAGUCUCCCCACAGUUUGUUCACUCAGAGCAUAAAAUGGAGUCAGAAAAUACAGGUGAGACAUUGAUUUUCUGAUGGACAUUAGCAUGAUCACCUGAUUCUAAAUGUAUUGGGCUUUUGGGAAUAGCCUUUUUUCUUGAGACUAAGUAAAGUCUCUAGAGACCUCUGCAAAAUCUUAGUUCUCUUCAAGACUCAAUUCAAGUGCUGUUAAGAUUAAAAUUUAGUUUCUCUGCCAGAAGUAUUAUAUUUUUAUGAGGUUUAUUAAAGAUCAAGAAAUAAAGAAAAUACAAAAUAAGAAAGCACAUACAACCUACAUUUUGCCGGCUAGGUAGAGAGCCGCGUGUGCCCAGACAAGGAAGCCGAAAGAGCAAGUAGAAGGCAGAAUCAGUUUAAAUACAAUUUCUGUUCUUGGCCCAGGUGGGAAUUCAGGUGCAGUUACAAAGCAUUAUGGGAAGUGGCCAAGGACUUCUAGGGAUUGAAGUCCGGGGUUCAAAUCUCCAUUUUUACAGUGCCACCUUCUAUGGGUCUGUUCCCCUUAAUUAUUGGUACAUUAUUCUCAAAAAUUACCCUGAAUCUAUUACAUAUAUUCCAACAUAUGUACCUGUUUGUUUCUCCUGGUAAAAUGUAAGUUCCUUGAAUAGAACUGUUUAGCUUUUGCUUUUGUAUGUCCACCCCAUUCAGCACAAUGCCAGACUCAAAGUGGGUCAAUGAUAAAUACUUCUUGAUUGAUAGAAUAGUUGUUUAAAAAUACAUUUCAGAAGAUCAUUUCCUCUUUUCAUAGCUCACAGAAUUAGAGCUGGGGGGGAAAAAAAGCCUUAAAAGACAACUCUUGAGGCAGGUAGGUGGCUCAGUGAAGAGAGCUGGAGAUGGGAGGUCCUGGGUUCAAGUGUGACUUUAGACACUCCUUAGCUAUGUGACCCUGGGCAAGUCACUUAACUUUAGUUACCUAACCCUUACUGCUCUUUUGCCUUGUAACCAAUGCUUAGUUGAUUCUAAGACAAAAAGGGUAAAUGUUUAAAAAAUAUACUUUUUAAAGAGUGAAUAAGGUCCUUUCUUGGUAUCGAUUCUACCCAUAUUGUUGUAUUUCAGUUGUAUCCAACUCUUCAUGGCCCCAUUUUUUUUUUCAUUUUCUUGACAAAGAUACUGGAGUAGCUUACCAGUUCAUUUUCCAGGUGAGAAAACUGAGGCAAACAGGGCUAAGUGAUUUGUCCAAGAUCGCACAGCUAAUAAGUAUCUGUAUCUAGAUUUGAAAUCAUCACGAUGAGACUCCUUCCUUUCAGACUCAACACUAAUCACUGAGCCACUGAGCUGCCCUGAUUCUAUCCAUAUGCCAUUUAAUUUUGUCCUCCAUGACCUUAGAGUACCAUUCACUAAAUUAGUUCUGAAUAGUGCCCAGAAAACUACUCUGAUUGUGAAGGGCUAUAAAUGCCAAACAAAAGAGCUUAAAUUUGAUCCUGGAGGCAAUAGGGACCUGCUAGCAUUUGAAUAGGGGCAAGAAAAAGAUCAUAUAUGACAUGGUCAGACCUGCACUUUGGGAAAAUUACUUGGGCUUCUGCAUGGAAGAUAUAUCAGGGGGCUGGAAGAAUCUGGAGGCUGAAACCUCAAAUUGUCUGUUGUAAUAGCCCAGGUAAGAGAUGAUAAGGCCCUGAACUGGAGAUAUUAUAAAGGAAGAGAGGACAAGAUUUGGGAACUAACUGAAUAUGUGAAGUGAAUCCUUCACACUUCUCCAGCCUACCCCAAGACAGCAGUAAUUCUAUACCCUACCUUGAAAAUUUUCUGCUGAACUACAUAGAGCAGAGAGGACCAAAGCCUAAACUUUGACCAUUGAGCCUAUGAGUUUUGAAGUGACCAUAAUAUUCUCUAAUUAGUUUAGACUAACAAAUGGAGAAGGGUGGGGGAUAUGAUUGUAAAAAAAAACCAGAAUACAUAAAGCACUUCAGAGAGUUGUAGUGACAGAAAACGAUCCUUUUACUUUAUUCUCUCUUGCUAUACACAUUGCUUUUAUGCCUCAAGUAAAUGUUCGUGCUGUUAGAUUGAUGAUUCUUACUUUAUUUGAUAAUAGAGUCUGAUUUACUGAAUUCAUUACUCAAAACAACUCUCACUAAAUUUGAGAAGAGUAACAAAGGGCUCCAAAACCAUGAUUUUUAGAAGCUUCAGGGACCUCAUUGUUAACAAUAGUAAAGUGAGAGAUAAAUUUCUACUCCUUGCUUCUUUCCCUAGAUGAGAUGGCUCAGUGACUCCUUGGAAAGACCACUUACCUAAAUCGCUAUAGAAACCUUAGUGAAGAACCCGAAAAUCUAGUUGAUCAGAUAUAAACAUUUUUUUAGAUACUGGAUCUACCUCUGAACUUCAUAUUACUUUCCCACAUUCCUCAUCCACCCACCUAUGAUCGACUCUCACUGCCUGAGAGAGAGAAAAGGAAAGCAAUCUACUUGUUACUAAAAGGUAGUUUUGCCAGAACUGUUUGAAAGUAGAUGAGAUUCUCUUAGAAAUCACUCCUAUCUUCCAGUACCAAUCAAAGGUUUUUCAAAAGUUGGGAGGUAAUGAGAGAGAUACUAUGAAUAAUAAGAGUACAUAGGGUGGAUGUUAAGAAAUAUGUAGAGUAAGUAAGGAGGUACUCAAAUGUUUGUUCAAUUGAAUUACUUCGAGCUCCAACUAGAAGUCAAUAAUUCAAAAUGUUAAUGGUGGGCACUUCUUCUAGACUCAACUCAGGAAUGAUAAUUCUUAUUAUAAAUGAUGGUACACUGUUCAUUGAACCUGUAUAGCACACUAAAUUAAUUUGAGGUUAAUGAGAAAGCAAAAGGGAAAGAAGUAUCAAGGAAUUGAUUAAAAGCUCACUUUCCAUGCAGUUCUUUAAGUUCUCCUUACAAGACCUAAACCAGCAUAUUGCUCACUUCCUUUCUCAUGUACCUCGCCCUACCCCUAACCUCAGUUCCUAUGCCCCUCUUUUACACUAUGCCCACUUUCAAAUGUGCAAUGAUAGGGUUAAAUCCUGAUACUGUCUCCUAUUCCUUUAGUCCCUGUAUUUUCAUUGCCUUCCCUAAUGGGAGCAACCAGCUGGCUGUUUAUUUCUAGUGCUGCUAAUGUUUCCCAUGCUUUGGGAGAAUUUUAACUUUGUUCAUAGCCCCAUGCAGUCUCAUAUGGAUGGUAAACAACAUUCCCUCUGAGCUUUGUUUUGCUUUUCAAUGUAACCGACCUAUGCAGAUCCUUAAGGAAGAGAAUCAAUCACUUUCCAGAGUCAAAACAAGAAAAGAGGAACAAGGCAGAAAAACAUAUACAAAAUAUUUUUCAGCUUCAUAACAGAGGCUUUAUGUUAUUUUUUAAAAGUAGAUUUCAGGCAUAUAGAUCACCAACUCCCUCCCCCAAAAAAGGGGCCUCAUUUCUAAUCAUCAUUGUUUGUUCAAACACUUCGCAUUUAGAAUGAAAGAACAUUUGCAGAAAAGAGGAAGUCUAAUGAUUCUGCUCCUGAUUAAUGAACAUCGACAGCUGUCAUUUUAACUCCUGGCAGAAUAGUAUAUGUUAUGGACACAAGUAUGGUAUCUAGCUCAUUUUAAUUACAUAUUUGGAAGGGAUUAUUUAAGAAAGAUGGAAAUAGGAAAUAGAUUUUUGCUGUUAUUUCACUUCUAUCAUUAAAUGUUUUAGAGGCAGCUAGAUGGCUUAGUGGAUAGAUCAGGAAAAGUUCUGUUCAAAAGUGGCCUCAGUCACUUAUUAGCAAUGUGAUCCUGAGCAAGUCACUUAAUCUCUAUUUACCUUAGCUUUCUCAUCUGCAAAAUGAGAAUAAUAAGGGCCACUACAUCCCAGAAUUAUUAUGAGGAUCAACAGAGAUAUUUGUAAAGCACUUUAGCUUUUAGUGCCUAUCAUAGAGUAGGUGCUUUAUAAAUACUAGCUAUUUUUUUCUCUAUAUUUUUUGUGUUAUAGUGUUGUUUUUUUGUUUUUGUUUUUCUUUUCCAUUUGGGCAGCUAGGUGGCCCAGUGGAUAUAGUGCCUGGUCUGAAGUUAGAAAAACUCAUAUUCCUGAGUUCAACUAGCCUCAGAUACUUACUAGCUGUGUAACCCUGGGCAAGUCACUCAACCUUGUUUGCCUCAGCUUCCCCAUCUGUAAAAUGAGCUGGAAAAGGAAAUGAUAAACCACUCCAGUAUCUUUGCUAAGAAAACCCCAAAUGAGGUUACAAAGAGUAGGACAAAACUGAAAUGACUGAAUAAUGCCUUUUCAUUCAGUCUCCAUAACUAUACCAUACACAUGAAGUAUAACUAACUUCUUUAGGAAUAAUCACCCCAGUUAAGUGAACUAGUGACCUCAAAAACUCCUAUUCUCUCCCCAUUGCUGAGGCUUAGGAUUUUUUACCUGCCUCCUUGUCCACCUCUUAAUUCCUGCCUGGAGUGGGAUGGAAUACACACAUACAUGCUCAUAUUCACACUUGCAUGAAUCCCAGCUUUUCAUUUAGAUUGAGAGCUAGUUAGUUUGAGAGUCAUUUGCAGUGACACAAUUAGUGUUGUCAAAGGAGGAUUGGUACUAUUAGAAAAGAAAGCAUUGAGCGCAACUAGGUGACUAGUUGAGAGCCAGACCUAGAGAUAGGGAGACACGGGUUUAAAUCUGGACUCAAAUAUUUCCUAUGUGUGUAACCCUGGUGAAAUCACAUUGCCUAGCCCUUGCCACUCUUCUGCUUUGGAACCAAUGCACAGUAUUGAUUCUAAGAUGGAAGAUAGGGGCUUUUUUUUUUUUUUAAGAAAAUAAGGCACCACAGUUGGCAAAUGUAGUGAUAGCUGUUUCAGCACUGAUGUUUUAGAUGAUGAUAGAGUCCCUGCAAUACCGAGAGGGGAGAGCCUUACUUGGAAGAAGUGUGCUUUCCAGUAUCAGUAGAUUUAAUUAAAUUGACCAAUUUGUGGGCCUUCAAGCAUAGAGCCAAAGUAAGACCUUGAUGAAGCUCCAUAAUAGGAAGAAACCUUUGCAUCAUCUAAGAAACGUCUCUGAUGUAAGCAUGUUUUUAGGUUUCUGACCAGAAGCUGCUGGGAUGGAAGUUUCCAAUGUGUACACCUACAGAGCCUUUUCUAAGAUGUCUAUUGAUUUUUAAUAGCAUUUGGUAUUGGGGAGUAGCUUUUCAGUAUAGGUAGAAUCUGUAAGAAGAAGACCUUUCAGAUAACCCUAAGUGAGUCUUUGAAAGCCCAGACCAAAUAGGAAAUGAUCAACUAUAUGUCUUCCCUCUCUUCUUUCCUUCUCUUCUCUUCCCUUCCCUCUCUACCAAUUAAUCAGAUUUUGCCCUUGUAUCCUCUUAUGGGCUCUCCAUCCUUUAACCCUUCCCUCCCUCAGUCAUCCCAAUUGAUGUCAAACCCACAGAGCUCCAACUCUUACCCUAACUCUUGUGAUAAAGUACCCAAGAUAAUGAGAGUCUAGCAUUUCUUUGAAACAUGGAAUCCCUAUUCCUUUGGUCCUUUUUGUACUCAAAGACCCCAUUAGCACCUAUUUGCAAUUUAACAAGUCAGAUCUAAAUUAAAAGAGAAAGAAGCUGAGAGAUAUUGGAAUGGGACUUUUAACACAUCUAUCUGUUUCACAUUGUUAACAGCCAAAACUCCUCAAAGCACUUUGUGCCUGAGAGACUGAAGUGGAGAGAAGCUGUGAGACUUGAUUGCUGUUCUGUAAUGACCCAGGAAAGAGAGUGACCCUGGUCAAAAGUAAUAGAUAGUCACAGAGGAAAGGGAUACAGGAAGAAAGGAGCGAGAACUGGGAAGUAUCACUCAAUUGCCAUGAGCAAUUUUUCCUUUACUCCCUGGAACACCCUUUCCUGCCCUUUGGAGCUUAGUUUCUGUCCCUUAUACAUUCUCUACUUUACAAGAAUUCAGCACUAGUGACCUGGAAAUGGGGACUACAAGUUCCUGCUGUCUUUUAGCUAGUAAGAAGAAGGAUUUCUAUUCUUACUGCUAAGGUAGGAGGCACUAGAGUCCAGGCAUCCCAAACUGGAACUAUGAAUCAUUUUUCUCCCCAAAAUAUUAUUAUUCAUAGUGGCGUGAUCCUGUAUACUAUGCAUACAAUGUAUGCUUCAGAUGUAUUAUAAAUUGUUUUCAUGGGCUGGCCUGAAAAUCUACCAUUAUGGGACAGCUAGGUGGCACAGUGGAUAGAGAACCAGGCCUGGAGUUGGGAUGACCUUGGUUCCUAGAAGUAUGACUCUGGAAAAGUCACUUAACCCUGUUUGCCUAGCCCUUGCCCUUCUGUCUUAGAAUUCUUACUAAGACAAUACAAGGGUUGUUUUUGUUUGUUUAAAAAAAAAGAAAUAAAGAAAACCUACCAUUUAUAAACUAACCCCUAUUUAUUUUUUUAAGGCCCUUACCUUCCAUCUUGGAAUCAAUACUGUGUAUUGGUUCCAAAGCAGAAGGGUGGUAAGGGCUAGGCAAUGAGGGUCAAGUGACUUGCCCAGGGUCACACAGCUGGAAAGUGUCUGGGGCAAGAUUUGAACCCAGGACCUCCCAUCUCUAGGCCUGGAUCUCAAUUCACUGAGACACCCAGCUAAUCCCCUAACCACUAUUUACAACUUAAUCACCAGGUAUAAUUGAAUAAUUGAAAGACAUCUGACUGCAAGUUAAAAGACAUGCCACUCCUAGCCUCACUCCUAACUUAUUAGGGCUUCAUUUUCUGGAUUUCAGUUUCUUCAUCUGUAAAAUCAAGAAGAUUGAACUAGAUCAAGGGUUCUUGACCUUUUUUAUUUAAUGUAUCUUUUUUGGUAGUCUAGGGGAACCACUAGAUGCACUCUCAGAAUAAUGUUUUUAAUGCAUAAAACAAUACACAGAAUUACAAGAGAAAUCAGUUAUAUUGAAAUCAUCAUCAAAAUAUGUUUAAAAGCAAUUCUGGGUUAAGAAUCCCUGACCCUGAUCAUCCCCAGUGUCUCUUCCCACUCAUUCUAUGAAAUGUUCCAAAGUUUCAUGAUUUUAUUAAAUGUUUCCAAAUUGUCCAUUUAUAUACCACUUUUAGAACAGAGUCUGUUGAUAAGAUGGGGGUGCCCUUUGUGGCCUAAAGAAAACACCAUGGGAGAAGAAGAUGGUGGAAAGUAUGGCCUCUCCAACUUGCCUUUUCUUUCCCAUCCUCUGCCCCAAACUUUAAGAGUAUUUCAAACAGCUGCAUGUCUGGAAGGCUCUGAAUCAUUAACUUUUAAUUCCAGGAUGUGUUUUCAUGCAUGGAGAUUUUCAUUUUACAUCUGCAUGUUCAUUCAGACCUAAAAGUCUAUUCACUUUAAUAGCUCAUUACCCUCCUUUCAAUUUUCAUUUGCCUUCACAUCUAGGAUGGAGUAACUAAAAAACGAAGAAGGAUAUAUCUCUACAGGGUUCAAAAGAAGGAUCAGUGCACACAUUCACUUUUUGUCUUUUUUUCCUGUGGACUUUUUAGUAUCCAGGAUGCCAUGAUUGUUCUGUCAUCAUCCCUACUUAAAUCAUGGGCCUAUUAUAGUAGAAGACUUGUUUAGUAUUUUAAUGGUGUUUAUGAGUAACCAGACUCUUUUUGAAAAAUAACUUAUCUUUUCAAGAAUAUCACUUUUAGGGGAAACUAGGUAAUACGGGAUUAGAGCAGCAGGCCUGGAGUAAGAACUGAAUUCAAAUUUAGCCUCAGACACUUCUAGCUAGAUAACCCUGGGCAAGUCACUUAACCCUGAUUGCCCAGACCUUGCCACUCUUCUGUCUUAGAAUGAAUACAUAUAUCACUUUUAUAUAUAACUUACACAUGUAUGUAUAGUAUAGAAUCUACAUACAUAUAUCUCAUAUGUUUACAUUGUUUUUCACAAGAACAAAUCCCAGAAUCUGAAAUCAUUGUAGAAAGAAAUUUAUUGGGUCAUUUGGGAGAGGGUGAGAGUGAGAGUGUGUGUAUGUGAGAGAGAGACAGAGAGUGAGAGAGAGAGUGAAUGAGAGACAGAGAAAGAGACAGAGAGUGAGAGAGUGAGACAGACAGAGAGAGAGAGUGAGUGACAGAGAAAGAGACAGAGAGUGAGAGAGUGAGACAGAUAGAGAGAGAGAAAGAGAGUGAAUGAGAGACAGAGAGACAGAGAGUGAGAGAGAGUGAGAGACAGAGAAAGAGACAGAGAGUGAGAAAGAGAGAGAGAGAGAGAGAGAGAGAGAGAGAGAGAGAGAGAGAGAGAGAGAGAGAGAGAGAGAGAGAGAGGUUGGCUCUCUCUCUUGGUCUGGAAAGUUUAUAAGAUUUGGACAAAGGCUUCUACACAUGUCACACAGGAAACACGUGAAGGGGACCCAAAACACAAACCUGGGUAGACCCAAAACAACUCUGGGUGUAGAGACAAAUAAAAAUGUUUUGGGUGAAUCCAGGACCUGGGGGAACCCAAAAUACCCAGGAGGCAUCUCACACAUUCCUGGAGUGUUACUAAAAUCAGGUGACAUUUUGGGUGCAAGCAACCUCUCAUCACAUAAAGUUAAUCCCAAAUAUUAUUAAUAAAUAAUCCAUAGCAUGUGUGUUUAUGUCUAUAUAUGCAUAUAUAAAUAUAUACAUAUAAGUAUAAAUAUAUUUUAUUCAGAUAAGUAUAUAUAUAAAUAUGGGACAGAGAAAAAUUCAAGUAUUAUAAAUAAAUAAUCAUAGUAUGUGUGCAUAUAUAGAAGUAUAUCCACAUAAGUUUAUAUGUUUAUAUUUAUUUAUAUAUACUUUUCGGGGGGGGGGGGAGAAAGAGAGAGAGAUUCAGCCUAUUCCUCUGACCUACGUAGGAAUUAUUUUAAACUAGACCAUUGUACUUAAUAAAAAUACAAACAUACCUCAGCUGAACUAGUUGUAAGAAAAUAGGACCUUAGCUAAAACUGGGUGAAAUGGGGGCAUUCUGUAGGAAUAGGGCCAAACUGGAAUAUCCCCACUGGGGGCUCAGAGAAUCAGAGAAUAUAUGAGGUGUGGUCAUCUCAGGUACCAGUGGCCUCUGAGCUAGGAGAAAGCAGAAAGGAAACUCCAGGGUGGCCUCUCCUGAGCUUAAUGAAGGCCAGAGGAAGUCAUGGUAGAAAAUGAGCUGACCUGUUCUCUGAUGAUCAGCAUAAUUUAUAGCAGGAUUAGAAUGGGAGUGGGGAUGGGCAUUAUUGUACAAUUCAUUUUGCAGGGGCAAUGUUGAAUAGGCUACAUCAAUAAACCAUUUAAAAUGUAUUGAUAUAAAUGUAACUGAUAACAAAUGGAAUCUCUUUUAAGUGGCCAUGCUAUCUAUUGUGUCUAUAAGUUAGAAUGACUUCCCCUCGGUUUACCUGAAACAAGUCUAUAAAAUAAUAAUAACACAUUCUUGUUGUCUACCUCCUCUCUUCCUCCCCAUUCCUGGCGUUUGGGGAGCAGUUCUACAGGGUUAUACAUGUAUUAUCACUCAGAACCUAUUUAUCUGUUAUUCAUUUUUGUAAUAAUCUUUUAAAACCAAAACCCCAAGUCACAUACCCAUAUAAACAAGUGAUACUGAUUUCUAAUUCUUUGACAAGCAUUUAUUAACUAUGUGACCUCACUUAACCAUUAUCUGCCUCAAUUUCCUCAUCUGUAAAAUGAGAUAAUAAUAAUAAUAACUACUUUAAGAUUGUUUGAAGGACCAGAAAUAGCAUAUGUAAAGCACUUUACAAACUCUGGGAAUGGGGAGGGAAGAGAGGAGGUAGACAACAAGAAUCAUGUAACCAUGGGAAAAAUUAAAAAAUAAAACCUAAAAAAAAGAGAAAGAGAAUUAGAAAUUAGGGAUUCCUGAUUCCUAAUCCCACAAUCUAGCCACUGCACCACCCAGCUGCACUCAAUCUGUGUUUUAACGUGCUUACUGAAGCAUUUGAUUUGGAUUUCCAACUAUUCAAUGAGGAUCUGAAAAUUCAGAUCUUGGAGAGAUUUUAAAGGUCAUUGAAUCCAACCCUUCAAGAAAUGAGGAAACUGAGGCCCAUAGAGCUAAAGAGACUUGGCCCAAGGUUAGUAGAGCUGAAAUCUUCAGGUCUCUCUUGGGGCUUCUGACUCCAAAUGUAGAAUUUUUCACACUGCACCACAUAAGUCCCUCAUUUUAAACGCAAGAAAACGAAUGUUUGAGGGGUGGGCUAAAUGACUUACACAGAGGAAAACAGGUAAUAAGGAACUCAGCUUCUUAAAAUUUAAAUCCAGUGUUUAAAAAAGAACCAACCUUUAAGUUGCAUGCAUCUGAGGUAGUCUAAAUCAUUUAGAUUUAGGGGCAGCUAGUUGAUACAGGGCAUAAAGAGCAGGCUGUGAAGUCAGGAAGAUUAAUCUUUUGGGGUUCAAGCCCAAAUUCAGACACUUAUUAACUGUGUGAUCCUGGCCAAGUCAUUUCACCCUGUUUGCCUCAGUUUCUUCAUCUGUAAAAUUAAGCUAGAGAAGAAAAUGACAAACCAUCUUUACAAACGAAAUCUCAAAUGGGAUCAUGAAGAGUAGAACAUGACUGAACAAACAACAACAAAUCACUUUGCAGAUAUUCAAAUACUGGGAGGUUUCUUGAGUGAUAUUUUUAAUUAGUGACUAAAGGGAUGCUUUCCAUUGGUUUUAGAACUGACAACAAUAGAGUAGGGCAUUAAGAAGAACUCUGAUUUGUUCUACUUUUCAAAUGAAUUAUCAGAAGCAUUCAGAGUCAUUAAUGUGACUUUGUAACUGCUGUAAUGUAACUUUCAACUGCUAAGAGUUCUUCUUGGUCCAGUACAGAGCACAAGGACAUGUUAAUGGUAAGAGUAGCAAAACCAUGCCCAACAUAUAUAAUGAGUAUGUAUAAAAUAUGGAUGAGAAAAAGUAUAAUGAGCAGGAAUGUCUUUUUUCUAAAAAUGCUUAACUUGUAUCUUAGAAUCAAUACAGUGUAUUCGUUCCAAGGCAGAAGCAGUGGUAAGGUUGGUGGGGUUAGGUGACUUGCCCAGGGUCACACAGGCAGGAAGUAUCUGAGGUUAUAUUUGAACCCAGGACCUCUCUUCACUAGGCUUGGCUCUCAAUCCCCUGAGCCAUCCAGCUACCCUCAUAAAUGUCUUUCUAUAUCUAGCUGACAAAGGAGUGAAGGGAAAUAAUGAGGUUACUAUUUUAAUAAUAAUAAUGAUAAUGAUUUGAAGACCAGGCACUGCAAAGUAAUAACUUUUUUCUAAUGUAUUACAUCUGGGCUAAGCCUUUUUUUAUCCUAACUGUCAUUCCAUAUUAAUAUCCCUUGCAUUUUAUUGGCACUUAAUCUAGACACACAUCUCUGCAAAAUGUAUUUUCAAAGUACAGAAUAGCAGGGCAAGUGGGGAAAAACACUUAGCUGUCCCUUUAACUAACCUCCCUGUUCAGAGAUGUCAGUUACAAUGUGGGAAUGAUGUGGAGAAUGAUUAUAUUUUCAUUGUGAAUUAAUAAAUAGGAUAAAAGGUAUCAGAGGAGAGAAAGUGACUGAAUGAAUAGAUUAACAAAUUUUCCUGAGAGGUAGCCUAGUGCAGUGAAUCUAGAAGUAGAUUUAAAGUCAGAAGAGGCUGGUCAGAUCCUGCCUCUGACAGACAGUGGCUGCAGGACCCUCAGCUGGCUAGUCUCUUAAUGGCUAAGUGCCCCAGGCAAUUCUCCAAGAUUAAAAAAAAAAAAGUGGCAAAACCACAUUAAUACAGGAAGUCCACUUAACCCUCAUUGCCUAGCCCUUACCACUCUUCUGUCUUAAAAAAAAAAAUAGAGGAAGUCUACUCCUGAGACAUGACAGGUCUGGGGGGUUGGGAAGGUAGGGGAAGAAUAUGCAGAUCAGGGUGAGAGGUACUUUUGUAUAUGGAAGACUUCUGUAAAAACAGAGAUUGGGGGCAGCUGGGUAGCUCAGUGGAUUGAGAGCCAGGCCUAGAGAUGUGAGGUCCUGGGUUCAAAUCUGACCUUAGAUACUUUCCUGGUCAAGUCACUUAACCCCCAUUGCCUAGCCUUUACCACUCUUCUGCCUUGGAAUCAAUACACACUAUUUGAUUCUAAGAUGGAAGGUGAGGGUUUUAAUAUAAAUAAAUAAACAAACACUGAUGGCAUAGUACACUAGCAUGUGAGGACACACAGAUUCAAAUCCCUAUUGUUGUUUAGGAUCAUAGAUACAUAGAUUUAAAAUCCUAGGAUCACAGACUUAGAGCUAGAAGAUGCUUUAAAAUUCAUUGCUUCCAGUGGUAUUAAACAAAGAGGAUCUCUGCAACUGCAUCUUGACUUAGAAAGCCACUUAUUAACUUUUUCUAGGUUCUAUUUUAUUUUUGUUAAAUAUUUCCCUGUUACAUUUUUAUUUAAUUUUUUCCUCAAUUAUACAUAAACAAAAAAUUUAACAUUUUUUAAAAUGUUUAUGUUUCUUCCUCCCCUCCAAGCAAUUUUAUUUAGAUUAUACAUAAGGAGCCAAGCAAACUAUGUUUUACAUUUAAUUUUUAUUUUUUCUCAAUUCCAUGUAAACAAAACUGUUUAUAUUCUUUUUAAAUUUUUUGAGUUUCAACUCUCCUCUUCCCCCUUCACUGAGAAUACAAGCAAUUUGAUAUAGUUUAUGCAAAAAAAAAUUAAUUUCUUAAUUUUAAAUUAAACAAAUUAAUUUGUUUGUUUUUUUAUUUGGGGUAUGAUACAUUUUAAUCUUGUCCUUGCAGUUGCCCUGUAUGUUUCAUACUUCUGAUCUAGUCCAACCUCCUUAUUUGUCAAAGAAAGAAAUAGGCCCAGAAAGGGUAAGGGAACAUCUAAGAUUGUAAAGGCUUCCAAAGGUAGAGCUGGACCAAACUUUAGGAAUCAGCCCCUUCUUACCAUAUUGAAUCACAACCUGUAUGACUUUGGUUAAGGCAUAUGAUCCCUCUAAAUCUAUUUCCUCAUCUAUAAAGCAAUGGGAAAUAUGCUUUCCCUGCCUAUCUCACACAAUUGUUGGAGGAAAAGCACUUUGAAAAUCAGAUACCAUUAAGAAUACUUUUAGGGGCAGGUAAGAGGCUUAGAGGAUUGAGAGCCAGGAGGUCCUGGGUUCAAAUUUGAGCUUAGCCAGUUUGUAGCUGUGUGACCCUGGGCAAGUCACUUAACCCCCAUUGCCCCAUUGCCUAGCCUUUACCACUCUUCUGUCUUGGAACCAAUACACAGUAUUGAUUUUAAGGUGGAAGGUAAGGGUUUAAAAAAAAAAAAGGAAUUAAGAGGUUAAGUGAUUUGUCUAGGCUCACCCAGAUGAUAUGCUUCUGAAGUAGGACAAAAAUCCAUGUCUUUCUGAUUCUGAGCACCAAGCCUGGAGUUGGGAGGGGUUAGUUCAUCUGGGGCCUUCAACACUUUCUAGCUGUGUAACCCUGGGCAAGUCUUUUAAGCCCAUUUUCCUAACCUUUGCCCUUCUGUCUUAGAAGUGUUACUAGGAAAGAAAGUAAAGCUUUAAAAAUGUUUUUAAAAGAAAGAAGAAGAAAAAGAGUUGAUACUAAGAUAGAAAUAAGGGCUUGUUUGUUUUUUAGGAAUACUUUUAAUUAGGAGUCACAACCCUAACCCUAGCCUUUGUAAACCACAGUCUAACUUUUUAACUCUGUAUUUAAAUUUUUCAGAGUUUGAUGUCUUCAAUAUGCAUGAUUGAGGUCUGUCAGUGAAUAUCUGUAGCCUGUGCUAGAGCAUCAUGGUACAGGACAAUGGUGUCAAGGUCAAAUAGAAAUGAGAUCCCUAUUGGUCCCAUAUUGACUUAAAAAACUAUGAAUUUCUAUUUAUUUUGUUGACUAUUCCCAAAUUGCACUUUAAUCUAAUCUAGCCCACAGCAGAGAAUUUUGUACCUAUGCAGUAGUACAGUAGUUCUCAGUUCUUUUUGGUCUCAGGAUCCCCUUAUACUCUUAAAAAUUAUUAAAGGCCCCAAAGAACAUUUGUUUCUGUGGCUUAUAUCUAUCAAUAUUUACUCUAAGAAUUAAACUGAUAAAACUAUCAAAUAUUAAUUUCUGUUAAAUAAUGAUAAAGUUAUUAUAUGCUAACAUAAACAAUAUUUUAUGAAAGAUAAUUAUUUUCCAAAACAAAAAAAUUAUCAGAAGAGUUACAUUGUUUGGUUUAUUUUGCAAAUCUCUUUAAUGUCUGAAUUAAUAGAAGACAGCUAGACUCUCAAAUCUGCUUCUGUGUUCAAUCUGUUGUGAUAUGUUGUCUUGGUUUUGAAGUAUUUGAAAAAAACUUAUAGUUAUGUAGUUAGAAAAGAGAAGAGUUUUCUAUUGGCAAAAAUCAAAUAAUGUUAUGAAACCCUCCCCCCAAAAAAUGCUAACUCUUUCUCCCCCCCCCCAACUUCCCAUGAGUCUUUGGUCCACACUUUGAGAAUUGCUGAUGUAGUGGUUAAAGGGUCAGGAUUGGAGUCAGGAUGAUCUGGGUUCCAGACCUGCCCCCAACACAUACUAGCUGUCACUUAACCACUCAGUCAAUAUACCCCAGACAACUCUGCAAAUGGUAAGAAGUUAUAAAUGACUCACCAAUCUCCAUCUACAGGAGUUUCCAGGCCAGAGAAUUCCAUACAUUACUAAAAUCAUACAUCUAGACCCAUCCAGUAAUCUGUACUCAUGAAAUGAUUGGCUGUUUGAAGAAAUAGUUUAUAAUGGAUUUGUAUCAGUGUUGGAAUGAAUCCUUUUUUAUUAUGUUUUUGUCAGCUAGUAACAUCUCCUACCCAUGGUAUCAAAAGUGAACCCAUAGAAUCACUGAAUUUCAGAGCUGAAAGGGACAUUAAAGGACAUUUAGUCAUUUUGUUUAAUCAAAAAGUCAUUAGGACCAGAAAAGGGAUGCAACUCACCUAUGACUCACAGCUCAUUCGCCCUACGUGAGGCCUGGAAUCCAAAUCUCUUGGCUCCUAAUGUAUUUUCCAAAAUCACUUUAUAAUAAAUCUCAAAAAAGGCCAUUCCAUCCCUUAAGCUAUUGUACAAAUAAUCUUGAUAAGCAGAAUAAAGAAACAGAUUUACUACUUUAUUGCAACAAAAGUGAGCCUGACUCCCUAAAUCCCACAGCAUCUGAAUAGAACUCCCAUUUUUAAUUAGUAUAGCUAAAUUCUAAAAUCAUUUAAAUUAAGCUAUUAUCUCAUUUAUUUUAAUUAUAUUUUAUUUUUCCCCAACUACAUGGAAAAACACUUUUAACAUUUAUUUUUUUUUUAUUUUGAAUUUCAAACUGAUCUCCCCUUUUACCCUCCUUCCCCCUCCCUGAAAUGGUAAGGAAUCUGACAUAGAUUUUACAUGUACAAUCAUUGAAAACAUUUUCCUACAUUAGUCGUUUUAUAGAAGAGAACCUGAACAAAAAAAAAGCAGAAGAAAGCAAAAUAUAGUAUGUUUUGGUCUGCAUUUAGACUCUAUCCGUUCUUCCUCUGGAGGCAGGUGGUAUUUUUCAUCAUGAAUCUUUAGGAUUGUCUUGGAUCACUGUAAUGCUAAGAAAAUCUAAAUCAUUCACAUUUGUUGCUCAUAUGAUAUUGCUGCUACUAUGUUCAUUGUUCUUCUGGUUCUGCUUACUGCACUUUGCAUCGGUUCAUGUAAGUCUUUCCAGAAAUUACAUUGAUUUUAUUUAUGUUGUUAUCCAUGAGAGUUGUUAGUGUUGAUAUAGUUGAACUUAUUAGAAUGGUUAGAAGUAAGGGUUUAUGAUUGAAGUAGCAAAGGAAUAUUUGGUUUUCAAAUAAAUUAAUGCAAGAGUUCUUAUCUUCGUUUUGUUAGGCUGGAGUAAUUUCUUUGGAAUAACCCCACUUUACAGCAAAAACAGCUACAUUGUAUCUUACAAGAAAUGCUGACUUCCACUUCUUUUCAGCAUUCAUUUCCAUUUAUCCCCAAGUCUUGGGGAUAUUGAAUAUAGUUGACCCUCAAUCUCUUGCUCACUUGAUCAUAUCCUUCCAGACUGCCUAUGAUUCCCCUAUUCUCCCAGUCUCUUCCUAAUGCAUUUCUAUUUCUAAUCUCUUUUGAUUCUUCAAUUUAAGAAAUGAAAGGCAGUGUCUCUGAAUCAGGCUGACUGAAUCAGGGAGAUGAUGGUACUCUUGACAAAAAUAAAGAAGUUUGGAGGAGAGAUUGGUUCUUGAGAGAGAAAAAAAUAAUGAGAUGCAUUUUGGACAUUAGUUAGAGAAGCCUAGGGGACAUUGAAUGCAAAAAAAAAAAAGUUAAGAGUUGGAAAGGAACUCAGAAAUCAUUCAGUCUGUAUACAAAUGGACUUCAUUUUUAUUUAUUUAUUUUAAACCCUUACCUCCAGACUUACUAUCAAUUCUAAGACAGAAGGGUGGCAAUAGCUAGAUAAUUAGGAUUAAGUGACUUUAUCCAGGGUCACACAGCCAGGAAGUGUCUGAAAUCAUAUUUGAACCCAGGUCUUCCCAACUCUAGGCCUGGCACACUAUCCACUAAGCUAAGUAGCUUAGUGGCCCCAACUUCAUUUUAUAGAUAAGGAAAUUGAGACUAAGAGAUGAAGUGAUUUGUCCAAGGUCAUAUACACACAAUUUUUUAGUGGCACAACUAGAACCAGUAUCUAGUUCUCCUUAUUUCUAAGCCAGCUCCCUUUCUACUUACAACUCUGUUCCCUGCUUCUAGACAUUCAAGGAGGGACUGGUGAAAAUAUCUGGAAAGUAUUCAAUUUUUAAAAGGGGGGGGUUCAGGAUAAUGCUUAGGCUAAAUAGAAUUCUCAAAUGGAAAAUCAAGAGUUUCUUUUGGCUCCAUCUUCAGUUUUUUAUGUGGUCUCUCCAAUAGUGAAGACCAUGACAUGCAAUCAACUAAAAGGUGAGAAGAUGGGUCACAAACCAUUCUCACUGUGAAAUUUGUCUCUAAUACAACCUCACCUACCCUCAUUUCCCAACAUUGCUCAACUCCAUCUUCUUCCCCCUGCAAUACAAAUUCCCACCCUCCUCUCUUCCUAGAUGACCAUUGUCCCUUCAGGAUAAUUAUAACCUUAACCUAUUUAGGCAUCCAUGUAGAAGCAACUACACAGGUACCCAGAAAUCACUGGGAAAAAUCCCACCUCUAGAUUCUUCCCCUCUGUCACAGAUUACCUUAUAUCUGCAAAAGAUGCCUCCUGGAGGUAUAUAUGUAUAUGGAGUUCUAUGCUAGUGGAAUAGAGCAGAGAUCAACAAGGAAAGGAAAGAAAAGCCCUGUCUAUCCAUAGCCGCCCCCCAAAUAUUUAGUUUUGGGUGAGACAGAAUGAGUCACAGCAUAAGUAGGUAUGAGUGGAUUGUGAUCUGUGUUGCUUAGAUGAUUUACAUUCCUUUCCAACCCCCCCAGCCCCCUCCAAGUCCAUCUCUCUUCCAAACUCCUAUAUUGCCUUUGACAGCCUCACCAUCCUUCUUGUCACCCAAGUUAUCACAACCUCAUUGUACCCUUUUCUCUAUUUACGUAUAGGAUGCCACUCUUUAGUUUGGGCUAUUUUAAUAGCCUCCUAAUUGGUCUCCCUGUCUCAUCUCUUCUUUGUAAUCCAUUCUUCACACAGAUGCCAAAGAAAUUAACCUAGAGUUUGGGUCUCUAUUGACCGUAGGAUCACAUUUCAUCUUUUUUUAUUAUCUACUUGUAUGUAAAUUGUAUAAUGUAAUUAUUGUUCAUAAGUAUGUAUAAUUUAUUAAUAAGUAAAUAGACACAACACAUUGAAGAUGCAUGCUCAAAAAUUUAUUUUUGUAAUGGUAGUGGUAAGUCAUCCAAAAAGUUCAGAGGCCAAUGGUCUAAAGCAAACAUAUUAUACUAGCUUAGUACUUAAGGAUUUGCAAAAGUCACUCAAAGAGAAAUUGACCUGCCAAGUAUCAACUGUACUUUUUUGCUUUAUAAAACAUAAAAUUGUUUAAAUAAUAAUUUAGUUGGGAGGUAUAUACCACCAAAGGGAGAGUGAAUCUAGAUUUUUGAUUAGUGGAAUGAUGGGAAAGAAUGAUGGUUUUGUAAUUAGAAGACCCCUGAUUCAAAUCCCAGGUCUUCCACUAGCGAUCUGCUCAACCUUGGGCAAAUCACUUGGUAUUUCAAACCUCAGUCUCCUCAUCUGUAAAAUGAGGUUUUUGCAUCAAAUAAUUUCUAAAGUUAUUUCCAACUCUAAGCCUAUGAUUAUAUGUUGCAUUUUUUUCUACAGGCCCAAUCAAUGCAGCCACCUAUUUUUUGGAGCGAGCCUAUGGCUAAGGGAGAUUAGUUAAUAUCCAGUGUUAAAAUUUUGAUUGAAAGCUAUUUCAUCUGAAAGAUAAAGUGUGGUUAAAAGAAAUUUUUAUACUGUAUACUUUUUUUUCACUUGUUCUAUUUAAGGCUGAAAAAUUUUAUAAGGGACUCAUCCUUUAAAUGUCAAUGAUGCCUCUUCUGAGAUAGACCAAAGUUUUGGCAUCCUUAAAGUAAUGCCUUUUCAGACCUUUAAGUUGUGUCCAAUUCUUUAUGACCCCAGUUGGGGUUUUCUUGGCAAAGAUACUGGAGCAGUUUGCCAUUUUCUUCUCCAGCUCAUUUGACAAAAUGAGGGAACUGAGGCAAACAGAUUGAAGUGACUUGCCCAGGAUCACAUAGCUAAUAAGUAUCUGAGGCCAGAUUUGAACUCAGAUUUUCCUGACUCCAGCCCUGGCCCUCUAUCCAUUGUGCCACUUAUCUGCCUUUAAAGUAAUGCUAGAUGCUAUAGCUUACAAAAAAGAUAAUCCUCUUUUGCUGUGUCUGCACAAUACCAUUUCUGAUCAUCACAACUAAUUCUGCCUAAGUCUUUUUGAAUUGGCCUUUUGGCAAGUUAGGGUUUAAUAAAAGAAAAUGAUUCUCUUUACCUCAGAAUGCUAAUGCAGUAGUAUCUUUAACUGGGUCUCCAAAAGUGAAGAAUAGGAGUUAUUGGUGUUGGUGGUGUUGUCAUUGUUGUUCAGUCAUUCAGUCAUGUCUGACUCUUUGUAACCCUGUGGACCAUAGCUGACCAUGAGGUUUUCUUGUCAAAGAGACUAGGGUGGCUUACCAUUUCCUUCUUCAACAGAGCCAAUGGACCCUUUGGCCAGAGAAUCAGAGGUUAAGAGUCUUGUCCAAGGACUAGACAAAUUCCAGAGACUCACCAACUGCCUCCUUAGAAGUUGUGUGUGACAUGUAUGUGCAUAGUGUGCAUGUGUAUGCAUAUAUACACAUAAGUACAUACAUGACAUCCACAUGUGUGUGCAUAUGAACAUUUUUUUCUUGUUAAGUCUUUGAGGAUGAUCUCUUGGAACUAUUCUACUAUGUUCCCUUUAUAAAAUCUUUGAAAAUCAAAAUACUAGUAUAAAUAGGUAUAAUGGGGCAGAGUGGAUUGGAGUCAGAGACUCUUGGUUCAAAUCCCAUUACUGAUACUAUUUAUGUGACUUCAGGCAAUUCACUAAAACUCCCUAAGCCUCAGUUCCUUAUCUGUAAAGUAAGGAAGUAGAGGUACCUUCUAGCUCUAAAUCUGGAAUUCCAAGCAGAGAGGGUUUGGGAGGAAGAUCCCGUUCCCAGUCAUCCUCAGACAGAGUCCAAAUGUUACAUCUCAUGCCCCUACACAGUCUGGGAGUUUCUGACAUCUGAUUAGUCCCUUCUAUGGCAAAGAGAGUUAGGCCAGUAUACUUAUCAGAUGACAGUGUUCCUUUUCAAAUGAGAAUAAUAGAUUUUCUUCGUCUUCGUGUUUUCCAAAGGAAGGAAGCAGCUGGGAGAAAGAUUAAUUUGCCUGUCUCUUAUCUUGAAAUAAAAGAACUUUGUGAUAUAUUAGAUAAUAAGGUAACAAAUUAACUUUACAAUUAGCAAAAGUAACUUGGGUUCUAGAAAUGCUGUUGUAGAACUGUCAGAGAGUGAUGAAUCACUGGUGCCAAAAGCAUCUUGUAGCAUACUCAGGGAACAAAUCGCCAGGAGGGGAAUGGCAUUAAAUAAUCUCCUUCACACUAACAGUUUUGAAAUGAUAAGACCAGCUCUUAAAUCCAUCAUGCGAGAAAGCCUAGAGGAGAGCAAACUUGUCGCUUCAGUCUAGAUUGUACUUGUCACUUCAGUCCUGACUUUAUGCAUUGGGUAGUAUUAGGUUCUUAUUGUGUAUGUUUAACUAUUGACAGGAAAUAUAUUCUCUCAUGAGCUAACACCAUGCCUAUAUUUAGCCAUUAAAGUGAGUAGGAGGGGAAGAAGCAUAGAAUGAUUCCUAAUUCAAACCCAAACCUUACCCAUCCUUUAAGAUCUUACUCAAUGAUAAUAUAUGUAUAACCCAGUGAAAUUGCUUGUAAACUGUGGGAGAUGGGAGGAAAGAGGAGAAAGAGACAACAAGAAUCAUUUAACUAUGGAAAAAAUUAAAAAUAAAAUAAAAAACAAACAAACAAAAAAACCUUACUCAAGCCCCAUUUCCUCUCUGAACUCUUUAAAGCUGUACUCUGGCACUCACUGAUUGUGUGAAUUUGAGACAAGUUGUUUAAUUUUGUUGUUGUUCAGUCAUGUCCUGCUCUUCAUGCCUCCAUUUAGAUUUUUUUUUUUUUGGCAAAGAUGCUGGAGUGUUUUGCCAUUUCCUUUUCCAUUCCAUUUUACAAAUGAGGAAACUGAGGCCAACAGGGUGCCUCACCAGCAUCGAGGCCAGAUUUGAAUUCAGAAAAAUGAGUGUUCCUGGCUCUAGGCCCAGCACACUAUCUACUGUACCCCAUAGCUGCCCCCAAAUCAUUUACUCACUUUUCCAUGUGCAGAUUUUUCUCAGUCAAGUAUUUAUUAAACAUCUAAUAUGUGCCAGGAAUUGUGCUAAGCCCCCAGAAAUUGAAAUAUAAAAGCAAAACAGUACUGCCCUUAAGGAGCUUACAUUCUGUCUUCAUAUAUAUACAUAUAUAUAUAAAAUAUAUAUAAUGAUGUAGUUAAUAAAGGGAUAGACUUGGAGUCUACCCCUGAGUUCAGAGAAGCCCUGAGAUCAAAUUUUGCUCUAGAUAAUUAAUAGCUAUGUAAUUCAGAAAAAGGCAUUUAACACAUCAACAUUUUUCCAGUAAAAUGGGGUAGUAUACCUGACAAGGUUAUUGGGAGGAUUGAUAUAAUUUAUGUAAUAUAAUAUUCAAUAUACAAUAUAUGACACAACAUAAUACCUAAGGUACUUUGCAAGGUUUAAAGCACUAUAUAAAUGCUAUUAUGUCAAUAUAUACAAAAUAAACUCAAAAUAAGCACAAUAGUUUAGGAAGGAAGAAGCACUAGCAGUGGGGAUUCAAGAAAGGCUCCUCCAUGAAUACAAUUGUGCUAUAAGAAAUGAUUGAACAAGAUGGUUUCAGAGAACCAGGAAGACUUAUGUGAAGUGAGGAGAACAUUGUACACAGUAAUAUAAUAGCAAUAUUGUAAAGAUAAUCAACUGGGAAGGAUUUAGCUAUUCUCAGCAAUACAGAGAUCCAAGAUGAUCUGUAAGGACCAGUGAUUAAGAAGGCUAUUCACCUCCAGAGAGAACUGAUAAACUCUAAAGGAAGACUGAAGCCCAAUUUUUUAAACAUACUUUAUUUGUGUUUUCUUGUACAAUGUGGCUAAUAUGGAAAUAUGUUUUGAAUGACUUCAUAUGUAUGAUCAAUCUCAAAUUGCUUUCUCAAGGAAUGAGGGGAGGGGUAGGAUAUAAGAAGAAUAUUUGGAACUCAAAAUUCUUAAAAAUGAAUGUUAAGGGGGCAGCUGGGUGGUUCAGUGGAUUGAGAGCCAGGCCUUGAGAUGGGAGGUCCUAGGUUCAAAUUUGGCCUCAGCCACUUCCUAGCUGUGUGACCCUGGGCAAGUCAAUUAGCCCCCAUUGCCUAGCCCUUACCACUCUUCUGCCUUGGAAUCAAUACACAGUAUUGAUUCCAAGAUGGAAGGUAAGGGUUUAAAAAAAAUAAAUGUUAAAAAAAUUUACAUGUGAUUAGGAAUUAUUAUUUUAAAUAAAUAAAAAUAUUUUAAAGGCUCCAUGUAGGAAGGUUAUGCUAAAGCUGAAUCUUGAAAGAAGUAGUGUAUUCUGCUAGCUAGAGAUGAGGAGAGAGAGAUUGUAAGAGACAAAGUGAAGUAGUUGAUAGAAAGCAGGCUUUGAAGUUAGGAAGAACUGUGUAAACCUAGACUAAACUAGACUAGACUACGUUACACUAGCUUAUACUUAAAAUCUCUGUUCCCCAGACAACUGUAAGAUUCUUAAAUUGCAGAGUAAGUGCUAAUAUCUCCAUUGCUUAGAAGGAGUUUCUUCAUAGGGAGUUCCCUACACCAAGGAAAAACAAUUAUAGACAGAUGCACAUAUACAUAUACAUCUAUGUGCAUGUAAUGUAUGCAAAUGUGUGUGAGUGUGAGGGGAGGGAGCAAAUAGGUAGCUCAAUAGAUAGACAGCCUGGCCUAGUAAUGGGAGACCCUAGGUUCAAAUUUGACCUCGGACCCUUUCUAAUAAGCAAGUCACUUAACCUCAGUUACCUAGCCCUUGUCUCUCUUCUGUCUUAGAAUCAGUACUUAUUAUCCAUUCUUAGAAAGAAGGUUAGGGUUUAAAAAAAAGAAAAAGAGAAAACAAGGAGGUUAAUUACAGUGUGUAGGGGUCAAGAUAGCAAUUUAAAGUUAAUUCAACAAAUUUUAAAUACCUGCUAUGUACCGGGCACUGUGCUUAAUUAAAUCAGUCUUUCUUGAAUUAAGAGUUGGAGGUUAAACUUCACCUUGAAAAGGAAGCUAACAAAACAAGUUCACAUUCAAGGAAGAGGUAAAUAUGAAAGUCCAUUCCAUUUCUCAACAUGGAAGAGAACUUCAUUUUCCCAACAUAAAAACUGGCAAAAAUGAAACUUAAUGUUCUCCUGUCUGCUAUUGCUCUUGGAAUGAACAAAAUAUCUUGUAUUUUCAUGGAAUCAUGGAAUGUUGGAACUAGAAGAAACUUAAAUCAAUCAGCCCCUCUUCAUUUAUCACAUAAAGAAACAGAAACCUUGAGAAGUCAAAUGGGCUGGUUAAGGCCACAUAAAUGGACAAAAGGAAGAUGGCCUAGUAAAAAGAGGAAACUAGACUCAGCACUGAAAAGCCAAAGUUUGCAUUCCAACUUUGGAAUCCACUAGUUGUGUGACUAAAGGCAAGUUACAAUCUCUCUGAGUUUCCCCACACAUAAAAUGGAAAUGAAAAUUUCAUAUCUCUUACUUCAUAAAGUUUCAGAAAGGAAAGUUCUUCAUAAAUCUUAAAGCAAAACAUGAUUGUGAUCCAUGGUGAUGGCACCUAUCCAUGGUUGAUGAAACUUCUUGAGGCUGUACAACUUCCCAAGGAAGUGGCAAUAAUCCACUGUAGAUCACACACAGGGGCUAAUGAUCGUGUGUCUUUAGGAAACCAUAGAGCUGACAUUACAGCAAAAUUUGGAGCUAGAGAAGGACCUUUUCAUGUAUUGAAUUUCUCAAUAGUUGAACAGGACAAUCUCACUGAUGCCUAUAAUGAGCAGGAAAUUCAAUCAUGGAUAAAGAACUUAGGAGCAAAACAAAUAAGAGGAAUAUGGUUUUCGCAACUAGGCAAGCCCAUUCUGCCUAAAAAUUUAUUUUAAUCACAUGUACAAUGCAAUACAUGCACAAGGGCACUGUGGAACCCAAGCUGUGAUCGAUUCAGUGAGACGAUUUUUAACUGCACCAGGAAUAUCCUCAUAUGCUAUAAGAAUUUGUCAAAAAUGUAAAAUUUGUAUGCAAUUCAAUCAGGGAGUUUAUAAGACCAAAAGCUUAGGAGGUCGUCCCUUAGCAUAUACUCCAUUUGAAUUUAUACAGAUAGAUUUUAUCAAUAUGCCAAAAGACAAAGGGUUUAAGUAUUGCCUUGUCAUCAUAGACAGACUGACUAGAUGGCCAGAAGUUUUUCCUUCCAAAAAGAACAAUGCAGCAUUUGUGGUCAAAAUCCUAUUAAAAUAAAUCAUACCUAGAUUUGGGAUUCCCUCAAAAUUGGACUCAGACCGUGGAAGUCAUUUUACUCAGUCAAUAUUAAAUGAAAUUUAUAAAAAUAUAGGAAUACAAGCAACAUACCACACGCCAUAUCAUCCCCAAAGUUCAGGGCAAGUGGAAAGAUUAAAUAAAGACAUUAAAACAUUGAUAGGAAAAUUUUGUGCAGAAACACACCAAAAAUGGACAAACAUUCUGCCAUUAGUUCUGUUCCAUCUUAGAACACGACCCAGUGGAGAUUUGCACAUCUCUCCAUUUGAGAUGCUAUAUGGACACGCAAUUUGGCAAGGAAGGACUUGUAAACCAACUUACAUUGCCAUGAUAGGUGGAGAUUGUCAAUUAACAAAAUAUAUACAAGCUUUACAGACAAGAAUAGCAGAAUUGCAUGAAAUGGGCUUGAUACAACAAACAGUACCCCUGGAUUACAAUUUGCACAACAUCAAACCAGGAGACAUAGUAUACUUUAAAAAUUUCAAUAGAAAAUUGGCUACAGACAUAAAAUGGACUGGACCACAUGAAGUAUUGCUUACUACCCCAACAGCUAUAAAAGUUGCAGGGAAAGACUCAUGGUUUCACUGUUCCCACAUGAAACCAGAAAAAGUUCAACACCAUUGUAACAGACAUCGAAGAUAAUUAGACAACAGAUAGUGCUGAGAAAUGAAAACAAAAACUGAUUAAUAUAAAAAGCACACCACAAAGAAAUAAUAGUGACACAUAAUGUUUGAGACAACUUUCCAGCCCAGAGGAAAAGAAACCCAUAGGAAAAGCACCCCAGAGGAAAAGCAACCCAGAGGAAAAGCAUCCCAGAGGAAAAGAUUUUAAACCAGCCCAGAGGAAAAGCAUCAAGAAAAGAUGCUAGAGACAAGAAACAAAGAGGAAAAGCUGAAAUGGACAGCUAAGACUUUGAACUUGUAAAUUUGUUUAUAUUAGUGGACAGAUGGAAAACGAGACUUAUAUGUAAGAUUGAGUGUGCUGAAAUAAUAAAACAAAAGUAAUUUCACAUAUUAGGGAAAUAGCAUGCAUCACUACAUAACUUGGAAGAAAGAAGAGAUACAUCAGUCAACAUGAGAAGUGGAAAUCUAAAGAAACUUGAUAAGUAUUAAUUCAACACAACACUAUUAGACACAAAACACAAAAUCACUAACAUAUUGAGAGAUCUUGUUUAUAUAAACAAGUGUCUGAAGUUGUAUUUAUGCAAAAUGUAAAUAUGUAUAUAGUUAGUUCCAUAGCAAAUAGAAAGAUCAAUAGAUAUUUCUAUUUGACUGACAUCAUGAUGUGGAACAACAUGUAUUGUUGUAUUAUAUGUAAAUUAUUUCUAUAAAUAAGGUAUUAGUUUUAGUAAUGUAGAGUAAGUAGUAUUAGCACUAAGAUUCAAAUUUUUUGUAAUAUUUUUGUUCAACAUGUAUUGAACUGAAUUUAUUGUAAAACCCCAAACUACCCUUACCCAAACUUUCCUGCUAAGAUUUCCUUAGAGUAGAUUUAGUAAAUUGGUAACUAUAAUAUAAAUAUGUGACCUUGGGAAGGUCACAACAAAAAAAAAGAGGACGAUUGUGGAAAGGAAAUUAGACUGACAGUUUGUGGGGGAAGGGGCCAACUGGGAGUGGCAGUUGGGUCUUGUGACUAGCACUUCCUUCCUGCCAGGGGAAGACGGGGGAGGGGGGGGGAAGGCUUUGCAUCCUGGUGUUGGAGGAGAGGGGAGCUUGUUCAGCCCAGUCUGGAAUGGCAUGCUCUUCUUGGUUCAGCCCAAAGACACAGGCUUCUAAAGGUUAGAAUUGUUCUUGUUUGCUUUCUGUAUACUGCUAAGAUUCUGAAUUAGAACAACGAGAGUAGAAGGGAGUGGGACAAACUCUCCACCAGCCUCUGGGGCCUGGCCUCAGGUCUGAAACUGAGAAAAACCUCCAGUCCCAACUAGUUAUUAAAUGUUAUAUUUUGAAUACACAGUCAGAUACGUGGACUAUCUUUUCUGGUCAUAGAGGGAGCUGAACUUCAGUUUCAGUCAUUCAAAGACAAAAAGACCUCUUUGGACCCCUGCGGUUUCCUCUCAGCAGGGGGCAUCUCCCUCCCUUGCCUCACCAAGCAAUAGACCCUUUCUCCCCUUAACUCCUCAUUACCCUAUACAAAUCUCCCAGUAUCCCCCCUGUCUUCCUAUUUCCUUUCCCAAUAAAUAUUACAAAGGUAAGAGUUUUAAAAAAAAAGGAAAGAAAAGAAAACACUUUUUUUUCUUUCUAACCAUUAUUUUUUGUAAGAUCAGUUCUCACUUGGAAUCCCAAUUUCCUCCAUCUCUAAAUUAGAAAUAAUAUCUCUCACCCUCACCAGGAUAUCAUGAAAACUCAAAGGUCUAUGUUCUUGGUGAUCUGAUUGUAAAAGACAUGGCAAUAGUCAUCUGGCAAACAAAAGAGGGAAAAAAUACAUCUUUUCAUGUUUCAGAGCCCUGUUUCCCUAAUGCUGUUUAUAUCAAGCUUUCUGGAGGAGAAGGCAUAGCUUCAUCUUUUCAGAUGGAGAAACUGAGCUCCAGAGAAACAAAAUUAGUUGCCCAAGGUCACAUAGAUAGUGAAUAGCAGGAUUAAGAGGAUUAAACUCCAAACCUCUUGCUACUAUAUAAACAACACUGGGUUAUUUUAUUGCAUAUUAAUUUGAGGUUUCUGUGGGGCUAUAAAUUUAAUAACAUAUCCCAUUACUGAGUAUUGCUAUCUAGAUUUUGGACUGAAGCAAUAUUUAUCAUAGCCAGACUCAGCCUUCAAAUCCCAAAGUACUUCUUCCCAAAAUAACUUAUGUAAGACCCAUAGGUGUUUGUUUGGAAUUAUAAAUUGGUAUAACUAGGAAGCAGCUUUUAGUAACUGAUAAUGUGGCCCAGGAUGAAAAUCAGAGUGAAGAGUCAGCAGGGCUGGAACUAUAUCUCCUAAUUUACCUCUUAACAUUGUCUUACUCCUCAGCCAUCUACUCUGUUACUUCCUAGGAGAUGAUAACAAAAACUUGUCAGGUGACAAGUUUGUUCUUAUUAUUGUUGUUCAGACAUUUUCAGUCAUGUCCAGCUCUUCAUGGCCCCACUUGGGGUUUUCCUGGCAGAGAUACUAGAGAGGUUUGCCAUUUUCUUCUCCAGCUCAUAUUAGAGAUGAGGAAACUCAGGUAAACAGGGUUAAUUGACUUGUCCAAAGUCACACAACUAGUUAAGUGUCUGAGGCAAGAUUUGAACUCAGAAAAAUUAGUUUUCCUGACUCCAGGCCUGGUUCUCUAUCCCCUGAUACAUAGAGCUGCCUCAGUGACAAGCUAGCCCCCAGGUAAAAUAUUUUCUGUGUGAAUACACAAUUUAUUUAUUAGUGAUAUAUUUUUUAUUUCUUCCUUUCAUAUAAAUACUUAUACAGAAUUUAGCAUAUUCUUUUAAAGCCAUAUGUGAUUUUUUUUAUACUCUAGAUCAGAGGUUCUUGAAUUGUUUUUGUCAUGGACCUCUUUGGCAGACUGCUGAAUACUGUGAAUCUCUUCUAACAAAAAUGUUUUUAAGCUCACAGCAUAGCAAGGCAAACCAUUUAUAUUUAUCUUUCUCAAGGCUACCAUAUGAUGAUAUAAUGGUAAAAGCAUUAGAACUGAAGACAAAACUUAGAUUUUUUUUUUAAGUUCAUGGAUCCCAGGUUAAAAACUCUUGUCCUAGGGAAAACAUUGAAUAUGAUUGGAAAAGAGGUGACUGGAACAUGAGUUAGGAGAUGGGGAGAUGGGAGUAGGGGUAGGAAGAGAGUAUACACAUGUAACAGAUUUGAAAUCAAGUGGUCAAGACAAAGACUUAGCCAACUUAUGUUUGCUUCAGAUGUGAGAUUCCAGUUUGUAGAUUAUUAAGGCCCAUUUUUUCCCCUCCUUCUUAGUCUCCAACUCUACUCCUCUGUGAUCUUUCCAUCUCCUAUUAAGGUCACCAAAGAGAUUGGCCUAGUUCAGGAAUUAUUAUGUUUUCUGUUUGUAAAGUGAUUUGUAUUUUUCACGUUUGUUAUCUCAUUUGAUCCUCAAAACAAUCCUCUGAUACAGGAAGAGAAUGUAUUUCUGGUACCUUUUUUACACAUUAGGAAACUGAGGUCAAACAGUUUAGUUAAGUUGCCCAAGAUCAUUAAGGUAAUCAGUGAAAGGGUCCAAACUACAAGCUAGACCUUUCUGAUACUGAUUUUUGAAAAGGGAAAUUGGGACAAUUAGAUGGCCAAUGAAGAGAGAGCUGGGCCUGGAGACAGGAAGUCCUGGACUCAAAUCUAGUGGCAGAUACUUCCUAGUUGUGUGACCAUGGACAAGUCACUUAACCCUUUGCCUAGUCCUUACUGCUCUUCUGCCUUGGAUCCAAUACUGAGUAUUGAUUCUAAGAUGGAAAAUAAAGGAGAGAAAGAAAGAAAAAAGAGAGAGAGACAGAGAGAUUUGGAAGGAAGGAAGGAAGGAAGGAAAAAAGGAAGGAAG